AAUACCUGGGGCAGUGAAUCAAAGCUGCUCUGGCAGCCAGUUCUCUCCUGUGAGAGAACAGCAAAACUGCUGGAAGGUAUCAGACACAGGGUCUGCCUAGCCUGGCAUCCUGUCUCCAGCAGGGCCAGCCCCAAGCAGGAGCCUAGGGUAUGGCAAAAAUAGGCAAGAAUGUAUUGUAUGGGAAAUAAUUUCCCUCUCUGGUGCUUAAUCCACAAGUCCUACCUCUUGUCUUUCCCAGGGCUGCCUGGUGCAGUGUAGAGCACGUGAAGAUGGAUAAGGACUCAACAUUGAGUAUUGUCAAUGACUGUGCUGCCAGAGAGAGGUCAGGAUGUGUUUUUCAGGUCCUAAACCUGGAACGAGGCAAUCUGUGAGGUUGUUCUUUCAAACUGAAAACGAUCCAGGUGGAGGACGUGGAGGAAUUCUGGAGAGACAAGACUAAAUCCCAGUGUUUAUUCAUGUUGUACAGGAGAAAAGAAAGCACAGUGAGGGAAGAGGUGCCUUUUCCCAGCUCAUUGGUCUAAGAAUGUGUGAGUCCGAGAGAUAAAGGGAGCUAUAAAGGGGGAAGCAGCUGGCAGGGCACCAGACCAAACUGACCACAGCUCCCAAAGGGUUGUGGCCCUGAUUUGAAGAGGUGCAUUCCUAAGGAAUCAGUAUGGAGCCUGAGGAGUACAGACAGAGAGGGAAAGAGAUGGUGGAUUACAUUUACCAGUACCUGAGCAAUGUGAGAGAGAGACGGGUGACUCCUGAUGUACAGCCAGGUUACAUGAGAGCCCAGCUGCCAGACUCUGCCCCAAUGGACCCAGACAGCUGGGACAACAUCUUUGGAGAUAUAGAGAAGAUUAUUAUGCCAGGGGUAGUCCAUUGGCAAAGUCCACACAUGCAUGCCUACUUUCCAGCUCUAACUUCCUGGCCUUCACUCCUUGGAGAUAUGUUGGCUGACGCAAUUAACUGCUUGGGAUUCACAUGGGCCUCCAGCCCAGCCUGUACAGAACUGGAAAUGAAUGUGAUGGAUUGGUUGGCUAAAAUGUUGGGCCUUCCAGAUAAAUUCCUGCACCACCAUCCCGACAGUGUGGGUGGAGGAGUAUUACAGAGCACAGUGAGUGAAUCAACCUUGGUUGCACUGCUGGCAGCAAGGAAGAACAAAAUUCUGGAGAUGAAGGUUUCUGAGCCAGACACCGAUGAGUCCUCGCUCAAUUCUCGCCUCAUCGCUUAUGCGUCUGAUCAAGCACAUUCCUCUGUAGAAAAAGCUGGCUUGAUUUCUCUUGUGAAGAUAAAAUUUCUGCCUGUGGAUGAGAACUUUUCCCUCAGAGGUGAAACUUUGAAGAGAGCCAUUGCAGAAGACAGAAAGAAAGGCCUAGUGCCAGUCUUUGUUUGUGCAACUUUGGGUACAACUGGUGUCUGUGCUUUUGACAAUCUCUCAGAACUGGGUCCAGUUUGUGAUGCUGAAGGUCUCUGGCUUCAUAUUGAUGCUGCAUAUGCAGGAACAGCAUUUGUAUGUCCUGAAUUUCGACUGUUUUUAGAUGGAAUUGAAUAUGCAGAUUCCUUUACUUUUAAUCCUUCUAAGUGGAUGAUGGUCCAUUUUGACUGCACUGGAUUUUGGGUUAAAGAUAAAUACAAGUUGCAUCAGACCUUCAGUGUUAACCCUGUCUACCUCAGACAUGCCAAUUCAGGAGCUGCAAUUGACUUCAUGCACUGGCAAAUUCCACUGAGCCGUCGAUUUCGUUCUUUGAAACUGUGGUUUGUGCUUCGUUCCUUUGGGGUGAAAAUGCUUCAAGCUCACGUCAGACAGGGUACUGAAACAGCCAAAUUCUUUGAAUCCUUGGUUAAGAGUGACCCACUCUUUGAAAUUCCUGCCAAGAGACACCUUGGGCUGGUUGUAUUUCGCCUAAAGGGUCCCAAUUGGCUGACAGAAAAACUCCUGAAAGAACUAAGCAGCUCUGGCAGGCUCUUCCUCAUUCCAGCAACCAUCCAUGACAAGUUCAUCAUUCGCUUUACUGUGACAUCUCAGUUUACAACCAGGGAAGAUAUUCUGCAGGACUGGAGCAUCAUUCAACACACUGCAGCCCAAAUCAUUAGUCAGAAUUAUGGGUUGCACUGCAUCAAUUCUGGUGAUGGGGCAGGAAUCCCCACUACAAUAGUUCAGCCUGCUUCUGAUGCCAUUAGCAAUGUUCCUCAGCUUUACUUAGAUGGAGGGAAAUAUAAAACACCUUCCAGAAAAACAGUAGUACAGCCUAAGAAAUUAUCAGUAAGUCCCAGUAAGUGUGUGAUUAGUCAGCAAGUGAAAGGUCAAGAGGACCCUCUGGAUGACUGUUUUCCAGAAGAUGUCCAAAAUGUUACCAAACAUAAGUUAACCUCUUUUUUAUUCAGUUAUUUAUCUGUUCAAGGCAAGAAAAAGACAGCACGUUCCCUUAGCUGCACCAGUGUGCCAGUGACUGGUAAUCUGGAGCAAUGUAACCCCAAAGCAGCAGCCACUGACAAGAAGGAGUCUUGUGCAAAUGCUAGAGUUCUUUCCAGGCUGCCUGAAGACAUGAUGAUGUUCAGAAAAGGUGCCUUCAAAAAACUAAUUAAAUUCUACAGUGUCCCAAGUUUUCCAGAGUGUAGCAUUCAGUGUGGCCUUCAGCUGCCUUGUUGUCCUCUGCAGGCCAUUGUUUAACGAAUAAGAGAGCUUGGUCCUUAGAAAGAGAACCAAAGUUUGCUUAUUCACAUGCAAUACUACAUGUUCUUUUGCUCAAAAUGUAAGCUGUGGCAAUGACUACUGAGAAAAUGCCUGUGCUUUUACUGGUGAAAACCUCAUGUAUUUAUAGAUUAAAAUGUCAA